AUCGAUUGUCAACCAUUCAUUCCAGGUGAAGCUGUGGAGCCAGUGAAAGCACCGAAAGUUAGUGUCUAUACGGAGUUCCAUGAAUUCUCACGGAAACAAAUCAAAUUCUUCACUGAGACUUUCAAACGAUUCGACGAAGACGGUGAUUCAUUUAUUGAUUUCAACGAACUGAAACGUAUGAUGGAGAAAUUGGGUGAAGCACAAACGCACAUCGCACUCAAAGGAAUCCUUAAAAUGGUUGAUGAAGACUGUGACGGGAAGGUAUCGCUGCGAGAAUUUCUGUUGAUAUUUCGAUACGCUGCCACUGGACAACUGUCGUGUUCGGAAGUGUUCAAUGAGCUAGCGCAAUCGAUCGAUGUCACCAAAGAGGGUGUUCACACAGCAGCUGGCUUCUUCCAGGCCAAAGUAUGA